AUGUCAUUACAUACCAUUGAAACAGAUGCUAAACUUGAAAGCUUAGACAUCAAAAGUCUUUGGAACAGUUUGCGUGAAGAGGUGACAUUGAUCACAAAUGGUGGACACGACAACAUUGGGUAUGCGACAUUUGGACAUAUCGCUGGUGGCUAUGAAUCAGGGUACUAUGGUUACUUGUAUUCGCAAGUAUUUGCGACUGACAUCUAUUACACCCACUUCAAAGCAGACCCAAUGAAUGUUGCCAGUGGUCUUAAAUACAGGGAUGUGAUCUUGAAGAAUGGCGGAGCAAAGGAUAUCCUCGAAAUUUUGGAAGAGCUUUUAGGCAGAAAGCCAAAUUCAAAUGCGUUUUUCGCGGAGAUUUUGGGUUAAGACCGGGGAUGCUUUCAAAGACAAGGCCACUCAAAAUUAUUCUAUACAUAAAUGAAACUAAUAUCUACUCGAAAAAACACAGCAGUUCAGAGUAGGACGACAGCAUAACCACACCAUCACCCACAUGAAACAGUUCAGAUUCCUGAGCUCAAUUAAUCGAGCUGGUAGAAAAACGGGUAUUCUCCACCCUUAACGCAGUAUAAUAUAUAUAUAUGUAUAUAUAUAUAUAUAUAUUAUUAAAUUCUC